CUCUCUGCAAGAAUGUUCAGGAUUGAAGCUUAUCAGACCCACUCCUCCAACUACAUCAAAUGUGUGUGACCUUCUUUUUGAUGGUGUGAGUGCUAGGUGAUCAGGUAAUGUAUGACAUUCUUUUAUGGCUGACCACUGGGAAAGCAUCACUGGAGAAGGAGCUGAAUUCCAUACAAAGUGGUAAUUGUGAACAGCUACCGCUCCAGCAAGCUUGAUGAGCCCAGGUCGACCAAUAAACAGAACUAAUGAAUGUAUCCUUUCAAUAACAACUGAUACCAUGUAAUGCUUAUACAAAAGAGGUAAGUGGUUUGAUGACAUGACUUCUGUUUUAACCGCUGGUAUACAACAAAGUGUCUGUGCAUAUCUGAUAGCAGGACAUGGUUUCCAGUGUGAGCCUCCGAUUUUGUUAAAAUGACCACAGCUCUGAAUGUUGCUUGGAAAAAUGAGUAGUACCUCUUCGAACAGGGAUGCAAAAGGGAAAAAAAAACCUAUACCUUGAAACUGUUCUUAAUGUGGCAUUACAACCAGAAAGGAUGCUGACCUCUGAUAAGGCAGGCUUGGGAGAGAGGUUAAGGGAGAGACAAAAAGCCAAGACAAACCUGUAGCACUGAGUGGGUGAAACUAAGGUGGGGGAGGAUUAAGAUGGUGUUUUUCCCUUCCAGGCUGGGUUUUACUUCAUGAGAUUUAAAUGAGAGAGCGAUCUUCCUCUGCGAUAUGUCACCGUUAUCAAUAUCAAGGAAGCAACAGAGGUUGCUGCUAACCUUAGCAGGCUUUUCCACUGGGCAGCUAAUAGGCAGUGAAGUGUGGAGUAGGCACGGCAUGGGGAGGCUCAGAAUUCCAUUUCAGCAGGUGCUUUGAGCAAGGAACAAGGGCAAAUUCCUCACCCCAACACUGCUGCUACCACAAAAGAGGCAUGGACCCAGUGAGCUCACCCCAUGGACGAUGUUCUCAUGCUGCAGAUGUUUCAGAGCGGCCGGCGAAAUCCGCCCGCGGGCACGGAGGACACUGACAGGAGCCGUGCUGUGGAGCUGGGGACGAGCCCGCCGGAGGCAGCCGGCGCCGCGGCGUUCUGCCCAGGAUCCGUUGCAAAAUGUGAAAAUGAAGGGGAAAUUCUGCAGAUACCAUUUAUCACAGACAACCCUUGUAUAAUGUGUGUUUGCCUGAAUAAGGAAGUGACAUGCAAAAGGGAGAAGUGUCCAGUGCUCUCCAAGGACUGUGCUCUCGUCAUUAAGCAGAGAGGAGCUUGCUGUGAGCGUUGCAAAGAUUGCAGUUUUGAAGGACAUACGUACAACAGCUCUAUGAAAUGGCACCUCCCUAGCAAUCCCUGUGUUACAUACCAGUGCCAGGAAGGAGUGAUAGUGGAGUCGGAAGUACAGUGUGUUGUUCACUGCAAAAACCCUUCCAAACUCAGGGGAAUGUGUUGUCCUGUGUGUCCAGGUUGUGUAUUUGAAGGAAGACUUUACAAUGAAGGAGAAGAAUUUAGGCCCGAAGGAAAUAAAUGUACCAAGUGCUCUUGUAUUGGUGGCAGGACACAGUGUAUCCAAGAAGUCUGCCCCAUUCUCUCAUGUCCCCAGCACCUCAGUCACAUUCCUGCUGGACAGUGUUGCCCCAAAUGUUUAGGACAGAGGAAAGUGUUUGACCUCCCAUUUGGAAGCUGCCUCUUUCACAGCAAUGUGUACGACAAUGGGUCCUCGUUUAUUUAUGACAACUGCACAGUGUGUACAUGCAAGGAUUCAACAGUGAUAUGUAAAAAGAGGUGCUUACUUCCCGGUGAAUGCAAUAAAAACAAAGACCAAUGCUGCAAGGAGUGUGUCUCAUAUAUCCCUCCUGAGGAAGUGAAAGUGUGCAAGUUUGGCAAUAAGAUCUUCCAGGAUGGAGAGAUGUGGUCCUCUGUGAACUGCACCAUCUGUGCUUGUGUGAAAGGCAAGACAGAGUGUCGCAAGAAACAGUGCAUUCCAGUCAGCAGCUGUCCUCAUAGUAAAAUCCUGAACAGAAAAGGAUGCUGUCCUAUUUGCACUGAAAAGCCUGGAGUUUGCACUGUAUUUGGAGACCCUCACUACAACACUUUUGAUGGACGGACAUUUAACUUUCAGGGAACAUGUCAGUACGUUUUGACAAAAGACUGCUCCUCCUCUGCCUCGCCCUUUCAGGUGCUGGUAAAAAACGAUGCCCGUCGGACCCGUUCUUUCUCCUGGACAAAGUCAGUGGACCUUGUGUUGGGCAGAAGCACAAUCAGCCUCCAGCAGCACCUCACAGUGAAGUGGAAUGGGACACGAAUCUCACUACCUUGCAAGACACCGCAAUUUCAGAUCGAUUUGGAUGGUUAUUUGCUGAAAGUGACAACCAAAGCAGGCUUGGAAAUAUCAUGGGAUGGAGACAGUUUUGUGGAAGUCAUGGCUGCACCACAUCUGAAAGGCAGACUCUGUGGUCUGUGUGGCAAUUACAACGGGCACAAGCGAGAUGACCUGAUUGGGGGGGAUGGGACUUUUAAGUUUGAUGUGGACGACUUUGCCGAGUCUUGGCGCGUGGAGUCCAAUGAGUUCUGCAGCCGCCCGCAGAGAAAACCUGUACCUGAGCUCUGUCAUGGGACAGUCAGGGUGAAACUCCGAGCUCACCGGGAAUGCCAGAAGCUCAAAGCAUGGGAGUUUCAGAGCUGUCAUUCAACAGUGGAUUAUACCACUUUUUACCGGUCCUGUGUGACAGAUAUGUGCGAGUGUCCGGUCCAUAAAAACUGCUACUGUGAGUCGUUCCUGGCAUAUGCCCGAGCCUGUCAGAGGGAAGGUCUGAAAGUCCAGUGGGUGCCAGAGCAGAACUGUGCAGCUACCCAGUGUAAACACGGUGCGGUUUAUGAUACCUGUGGUCCAGGAUGUGUCAAAACCUGUGACAACUGGAAUGAGAUUGGACCAUGCAACAAGCCCUGCGUGGCAGGGUGCCACUGUCCGGCAAAUUUAGUUCUUCACAAAGGAAGAUGCAUCAAGCCAGUCCUGUGCCCACAGCGAUGACAUUAGUUCUCUUUCCGUGGACACUGAUGCGGGUGCUCACUGACCCCUUUGAUGCUCACAGCCAGUGAAGGACUCCAACUGUUUGUGUGCAGAUUCUGCAAAGUACAUGUCUACUCACAGAGUGUAAAUAUGUUCCUGUGUGUAUAUUUAUGUGUCUUUAUGUAUACACACAUGGCACCUAGAAAGAUAUAUAAAUGUAUACUGUGUGUAUGGAGAUACACAUGUCCAUACACAAGUGCCCUAAACGUAAGUAUGAUCCAUAUAUUUAUAUAUAUGUCCAUACACAAAUAUACAUAAUUUCUAUACAUCAUAGAAGGAUGAAUUAUAAUAUGUAUAUUUUUUGCUAUAAAGUUUAUGUAUUAUUAUUUCUAGGACCCUAAUCUUUAAGUCAUUGUAUAAAUAAACCAGGUGUUUUUAAUAUAAUAUAGUGGCAUGAAAAGAUUGGAUGACUUUACCUUUGCAUAAGUUUGUCAUUUCCAAGGAAACUUUUCUAGGGCCAUAGCACUGCCAAACUGGAUUAGUUUCAACACAGAACCUGGAUUUACAGUUGUACAGGAAACACAUUUCUCUGGAGAUGGAGGAUUUAUCUAUGAAUAUUUCAUGCGUACCUUAGAGCUGCAUAGUGAUUGGUGACAGUGCUUAAUCAGGCAGAGAAAGCUAGGGAUUGGCUUUUAUGCUUUACUGAAAUAACUGUGCAAAAUGAUUUCCAAAGCUGGUUGGACAACUGCCAGUAUGGAGACAUUUCUUUCUGGAACAACACCAAAGAGUCAGGGGCCAGAUUUUCAAAAGUGUUCGGCACCCACCAGCUCGCUUUGAAAAUCUGACCACUUCCCAUUUCAUAUCCUAAUACCCCGUCUCUGUUGUUGUGUUUGGCAGUUGCUGUGAAUACACAAUAAGGAGCUUGAAGAAAAUAUUCAUGUACACAUUAGCCCCUUUAACAUGUUUGAAACUGCUACGUUUGUUUCAUAUUUCCUCCAAAUAUUAUGCAGAAAGAAAAUCCCACAGUGAAGUGUUUGAUUUCAGUGUGCCUUAAAACAUUAAAUAAUGCCACGUUUCGUAACUCAUUUAAUUUAUCAGCAUGGUUUAGAAGAAAGACAAAUUCACCACACCAAAAAACAGUAAAGAAUGUCAAAUGCUAAUUGGAGAACUGCAAUUUAUUUCCUUAGUGGUCUUUCGGUUGAAGUUUCUGAGCAUGUGGGCUCUGUGAAGUUUACGUGACUUUUUAAGUCUCCCAGGGGAGAAGCAAUAAUAUGGGAUUUCAUUAGAAACUGUUAAAAAAGCCAUUCAACUUUCUCAAGCCUGAAGGGACUUUUUCUUCCUCUGGAAAGCCUCUUGUAGAGCCUGAUGGAAUGGUCUCUGGAGAUGAUAGGAACCUUUGGGCAUCUGAUUUAGGUUUAUAAUGAAGUAAUAUCCUCCCUCACAGCUACUUCCAUCAUGCCUUGCAUUGAAAUUGCACAUUGUAAUGCUUUGAACAACUUUCUCCUUUAAUCCUUCACUUUCCAGGAAGUUAAGCAGGGUCUGAGUUUACAGUGAGUGAGUGGGUGGGUGCAACACACUUGCGUUAUACAACCUGUCUGUUAUCUUAUCCUGGAGGAAGAUGCUGAGGGAACAUGGUUAACUUAGGCACCUAAAUGCUAUACCACCACAGUGUUAAAAAGAGCUGGGCAUAUAAUGCCAAGAGUGCUCCAUGGAUGUUCAUCCAAAUCUUAAAUAAACUCAUCUUGAUCUUUUUA